AAUAAUUAUGGGGCUUCUUGAUAUUAUUGAAGAGUUAAUAGAUGAUGAUUUGCUUUUUCUUCUAAAAUAUGGAUUGAUAAUUUCCAACUUUAUCACAAUUUUUGUCCUAUUGUAUUUCAAAUCAAAGAAACAAUAGAAUGAGAACGAGGUAAUAAUUAAUAUAUUAGAAAAGGAAAAUAAAUCUGUUUUAUUAGUCACAGCCCAUCCUGAUGAUGAAGCAAUGUUUUUUUUACCAACUAUUACCUAUUUGCAAGACAACAAUUAUGAAAUUCAUUUAAUGUGUUUAUCAAAUGGAAAUGCUAAUAAGAUCGGAAAAAUUAGAGAAUCAGAAUUAGAAAAGUGUUGUUAAUACUUGAAGAUAAAGAAAGUAUGUGAUAAUUUAUACUUAUUCAGUUAACCAUCAUAAAUGAUGGAGAUUUAUAAGAUUCAAUGACUGCUACGUGGCCAAUAGAAAAAAUUCAAAAAAUUGUCUAGAAGUAAUAUGAAUCAAUUAAUAGCAUUUAGAUACAUAGAUGAGAACAAUAUAAAGGGGAUUAUUACAUUUGAUAAACAUGGUAUUUCAGGCCAUUUAAAUCAUAUUGCCUGCUAUAAAGCAAUAUCUACAAUGAAAAGAUCUGAAGACUUGAAGGUGUUCGUAUUAGAGACCACGAAUAUCUUUAGAAAGUAUAGUUCAAUUUUAGAUUUCUUUGUCUCUUCCAUCCUAAAUGAUAAUCUAAUGCUGAAUCUAAAUAUCCUUAAGGCAUGGAAGUCAAUGCAAAUCCACCAUUCACAAUUUGUGUGGUAUAGAAAGUUGUUUGUUGUGUUUUCCAGAUAUGCUUAUAUAAAUACGUUGAUUAAAAUUUGAUAUUAAAUUUCGAG